ACUUACAGAAAGAUGUGGAGACUGGAGAUAGCAGAAGGGGGCAAUAACCCAAACCUGUAUAGCACAAACAACUUUGUCGGGAGGCAAAUAUGGGAGUUCGAUCCGAAUUAUGGAAGUCCAGAAGAACGUGCUGAGGUGGAACAAGCUCGUGAUCAUUUCUGGAAACAUAGACAUGAAGUUAAGCCUAACAGUGAUCUUCUUUGGCGGUUGCAGUUUCUAAAAGAGAAGCAAUUUGAACAAACGAUAGCCCAAGUGAAAAUAGAGGACGGUGAAGAAAUAUCGUAUGAAAAAGCUACAGCCACAUUGAAGAGAGCGGUUAAUUUCUUUGCGGCCUUGCAGGCCGAUGAUGGUCAUUGGCCUGCUGAAAAUGCUGGUCCCUUGUAUUUUAUGCAGCCAUUGGUAAGCUUUCACAUUAUGUUGGUUGAAACUUGAAACCGCUCUAAAUUAAUGGUUAAGGUAUAACAUAAAACAAUCACUACUAAACAACUGAUUCGUCGGUAACAUGGGCGUGAAUAAUUUGGUU